UUGAAAUGGAAACAACCCCUUCCCCAGCCAAGCACUUACAUUCCUACAAGAUUAAGCAAUGUAACCCCAUGGACUAUAUGCUGUCAGUGUUUCUCCUCUUCCCUUGCAGGCUUCCCUCUGGGCUCCACAAUAAGGUCAGAAACCAAGGGCAUCUGGAUGUGGUGUAUGCCUCACCCCUCCAAGCCUGACCACACUCUUGUCCUUCUGGACACUGAGGGCCUGGGUGAUGUGGAAAAGGGUGACCCUAAGAAUGACUUGUGGAUCUUUGCCCUGGCUGUGCUUCUGAGCAGCACGUUUGUCUACAACAGCAUGAGCACCAUCAACCACCAGGCCCUGGAGCAGCUGCACUACGUGACUGAACUAACAGGAUUAAUCAGGGCAAAGUCCUCUCCCAGACCUGCUGACGUAGAGGACUCCACUGAAUUUGUGAGUUUUUUUCCAGACUUCGUUUGGACUGUACGAGAUUUCGUAUUGGAGCUGGUGUUAGAUGGACAUCCCAUUACUGAAGAUGAGUACCUGGAGAAUGCUUUGAAGCUGAUUCCAGGCAAGAACCCCAAAAUCCAAAGUUCCAACAUGACUAGAGAGUGUAUCAGACAUUUCUUUCCAUAACGGAAGCGCUUUGUCUUUGACCGGCCAACAAGUGACAAAAAACUCUUAGCCCAUGUGGAGAAACUGCCAGAAGAUCAGCUAGAUUGUAAUUUCCGGUCACAAUCAGAAAAUUUCUGUUCAUAUAUCUUCACCCAUGCAAAGACCAAAACUUUGAGAGAGGGAAUCAUUGUCACUGGAAACCGUGAGUCUCUUUUCUAUACUGGCAUGUACUGA